AUGCCUCCAAAAAAGAAACCGAACGAACCGAGUAAGAAGACGGUUGAAAAGAAGAAGGAAAAGAUUAUUGAGGACAAGACGUUUGGCUUGAAAAACAAGAAAGGGGCCAAACAACAAAAGUUUAUAAAAAAUGUCACUACUCAAGUUGUGCAUGGCAACGUCAAAGCAAGCCGGCUGGAUCCCUCAGCAGACAAAAGUGCCAAGAAAGAUGAGAAGAAAAAGCUGCAGGAGGAGAUCAAUGCUUUGUUUAAACCCGUUGCCCAGACGGUCGCUAAAGGUGUUGACCCGAAGUCAGUUUUGUGUGCAUUUUUCAAGCAAGGACAGUGUACCAAAGGAGAUAAAUGCAAGUUCUCGCACGACCUAAACAUUGAAAGAAAGGGAGAGAAGCGUAAUAUUUAUGAAGAUAAGAAAGAAACUAUGGAGAGCUGGGAUGAAGCUAUGCUAGAGGAAGUCAUCAACCAAAAACAUGGAGAAAGUGAUAAAGCCAAGUUGAAAACUGCUAUUAUUUGUAAAUUUUUCCUGGAUGCUGUCGAGAGCAACAAGUAUGGUUGGUUCUGGGAGUGCCCCAAUGGCCCAAAGUGUAUCUACAGGCAUUGUUUGCCACCAGGUUUUGUUCUGAAGAAAGACCAGAAGAAGGACGAUAAAGAGGAUCAGAUUACGAUCGAAGAGCUCGUUGAAACCGAGAGAGCUGCUUUGGGGGCAAAUGUUACCAAGGUUACCCUAGAGAGUUUCUUGAAAUGGAAAGAAAGAAAGAAACGUGAGAAGCUGGACAAACUCAUGGCAGAUCAGGAAAGGAAAAAGGCAGAUUAUAAAGCAGGUCGCAUGAUCGGAAUCAGUGGUCGUCAGAUGUUUGAGUUUAACCCAGACCUGGUCCUGGCCGAUGAUGAUGAAGCUCAGGAGGGAGAAAUUGAAAGAGAACAAGACGAGGAUGAUGAGGUUGAUGAGACUAAGGUGAAGGACAUCAGUGACCAGAUGUGGGGAGAAAUGGCAACUGACGUGGACACUACAGGAACCCAAGCAUCGUCAGAUCGACUGAAGGCCACACCCGUGCAGAACGGCAUUGAUAACAGUGAAGAAUGCAAAUUAGACGAGGCUGCAGCACUGCCCUCCAAUUCUGACGAAAGACUCCAGGAAGAAGACGGCGAUGAUGAUUCUGCAGAUGGAGCUGUCAAUGGAGAACUGGACAUCGAUGAAGAUCUGUUUGCCGGAGAGGACAUUGACCUGGUGGAAGAAGAUCUAGAAACUUUGGAUUUAGAUGAUGAUCCGCGAGGAUUGUGA